AUUGUCACAAAGUGCCUCUAUUGUAUUAAAAUACAUUUUACAAAAUGUUGUUAUUGUGCUUUAGAUUUGGAAAUUGAGGACACAUAUUCAUGGUUUCUUCCACUCUCAAAUUUCAUUAAAUAGUUGAGUCUGGAUUUAUUUCAAUUUGAAUCAGGUUGGUAAAUCCUAUUGAAGCCAAAACCAAAUCAUCCAUUUGGUUAUAUAGUUAUAAAUCUCACAUUCUUGAUUUCGAGUCUCACUAUCAGCAAAAUAUUUCUACGUUCUUGACAAAACAAAUAACAACAUGACAUCAAAAUAGAUCUCAAAUUUUGUCUUCUAUCAAAGUAGUGAUCAGAUGGCAGAUCGUUACCUCGCCAUUUUCUUCGUAUCUCUUUCUUGUCUUUAUCGAUCAUUUGAUGCGAGUGCUGGAGAUGUUGAUCCAUUAUACAGGGCAUGUAUUUCGCAAUGUGAAAAAACUGGAUGUGUUGGUGAAACAUGUUUCACACAAUGCAAAUACUCUGUAGAUGGUUCUUUCUCUGAUAGCCAGAAAGAGCCCCUAUACCGGCAAUUGACACAAACCGAUUGCUCAAAUGACUGCAAGUACCACUGCAUGCUUCAAAGAGAAAAAGAACGAGCUGCACUUGGAUUUGGACCUGUGAAAUAUCAUGGUAAAUGGCCAUUUAAACGAGUGUUCGGGCUUCAGGAGCCUAUUGCUGUUGCUUUCUCUGCAUUUAACCUUGCAAUGCAUAUCCAAGGAUGGCUUUCCUUUUUCAAGCUACGAUCAAAGACGAUAAAUAAGAGGAUAUCUUAUGAUUAUGCUGGUCUAUGGCACAUAUGGGCCUUCUUGUCCGUGAAUUCAUGGUUUUGGAGUGUUGUCUUCCACAGUCGAGAUGUGGAAUUGACAGAAAAACUAGAUUACUCAUCUGCAGUGGCAUUACUUGGAUUUUCACUUAUUAUAUCAAUACUAAGAAGUUUCAGUAUAAGGGAUGAGGCUACGAGAGUAUUGAUGUCUGCUCCACUGCUUGCCUUUACAACCACCCAUAUUUUGUACCUGAACAACUAUCAAAUGGACUAUGGAUGGAACAUAAAAGUUUGUGUUACAAUGGGUGUUGCUCAGCUUCUGAUUUGGGCAAUUUGGGCUGGAAUCAGUAAUCAUCCAUCCAAAUGGAAAAUAUGGACAGUGGUUGUAGGGAGUGGAUUUGCUAUGCUUUUAGAAAUUUAUGAUUUUCCUCCAUAUGCAGGACUAAUAGAUGCACAUUCUCUUUGGCAUGCUACAACAGUUCCUCUGACUUAUAUUUGGUGGAGUUUUAUCCAAGAUGAUGCAAAAUACCAAACAAUUAACCCUAGUAAGAAAGUAGAGUAAUGUUUUUUUUAACAGGGUUGUGUCCUUUUCCGAACCCUACGUGAAUGUGGGAUGUCUUGUGCACCGGGCUGUCCUUUUUAUAUCCUUUUGGGAUUGAUUUUUGACAUGUAGAGGUUGAUUUAGGCAAUAUUAGUCGAGAAUGACUCCUUUUCAUUUGUUUUUAUUUCUUCAUCGUAAGUUGCAAUUUGCUAGAAAAGGAUUGCUUUCACUCAUAAGCAGAGCCAAGUUAUGUCUAAUGACUUCAAAGUUUGUUGCAAAGGUGAUGGUACAUUCUGUUCUUGA